CUUUUAUAAUGAAAAAGAUAGUACUCUCAUUUAUGAUUUAAGAAAACCGAGAUAAAAGAAAUGGAGAAGAAUAGGGGCCGGGCCGGGCCGGGCCCCUUUACGCCCACCCCAUCUAGAAGCUCUUGACUAAUUUCCGCAGCAAACAACAUACAAUCACACAAAUCCCCAUUUCUUCUCAUUAAAUCACAAAAUUAACUCAAUCAUGACGUCACCAUCAAAAUCCCAACCGCACCUUUAUCACAGCCGCAGGAAUCGCUACGCCGAGGUGCAAUCCGCGCCGAUUCGUGCCAUGGAAACCGACGAUUCCGGCGCGAUCUCGCCGCCUCUGUGGGGGAACAGGAGCCCUAGUCCGUCGCGCCCUCUUCUCUCGCCGGAUUCGCGAGCUCAGGCGAUCGCGAGAGGGCGGACGGAGCUCAUGGAGAUGGUGAGGCACAUGCCGGAGUCGUCGUACGAGCUCUCGCUGAAGGAUAUAGUCGAGUACCAUCACAGAGCGGAGAAUCAAAUCGAAGGCGGUUCGGAUCGAGGAGGAGCGGCGGCGGCGGCGGGAUUGAAGAAGGAAGAGAGCAGGAAAAUUGAGCGGCGAUUGAGCUUCGAGGAUAAGGGGUUCUUUUUGAAUAUGGCGUUUCCGUUUGCGUUUAUGUCUAAGAGAAGGAAGAAAGCUGUUGUUGCUGUUGGUGGUGGUAGUGGGAGAGUUUCGCCGAAGCCGGAGGGGUGGAAGGGCGGCGGUGAGAGGGACUGGUGGAAGAAGAAAUUUACCGGAUCGAGCGAUAGUGAUAGCAGCAGAACUAGUAAUACCAGCACCGCCACCGCCACCACCACCACCAGCCGCGGCAGCAGUGAUUCCGGUGGGAGGAGAAGAAUUGGAUUUACAACGGGUUGCUGCCAAUUUUUUCAAGUGAGAAGAACCAAAAGUGCCUAAUAAAGACAAAAUGUUCCUUAUUCUAUUUCUGCUAACGCUCCAUAGUAGUAAUAAAAUAUUGGGGAAAUCUUAGGGUAUAUUCUAUGAUUUUGCUGUUAUUUCCAUUACUACUAUAAUUAUUUAAAGUUUUAAUUGAUUUUCCUUUGUAUGUUUCUCCAAUUGUGUACAUGUUACCAUCUUUUUUCCAUUUUGUAACAAGCAAUAUAUAGUAGUAUAUCAAUUUGUUUUUUACAUGUUGUAA